GCCGUUAUCGAUAAGACAACAAAUUAUUUCCCCGACCCAAAUCUCCUCAAACAAACCACCAAGAUGGCCGACUCAGAAGCUUUGCUGAGCGAUCUCUGCUCGAUAUGUCAUAUAAAUCCACCCAAAUACCGUUGUCCGCGCUGUUCAACACGCACCUGCUCUCUACCUUGCACCCGUCGCCACAAGCUCUGGUCAGAAUGUUCCGGCGUGCGCGACCCAGCGGCAUAUCUCAAGCGCAAAGAACUCACCACAGAAUCCGCGUUCGAUCGUGACUUCAACUUUAUCACGGGCAUCGAGCGCUCCCUCGAGCGCGCGGAGAGAGAAGUCGAUAACCGCGGAAUUGAUCUCUCGCAGCCCGACGAGGCUAAUGCCCAGGCUGGGCGCAAGAGGAAGCAUCCGAAUCAGGGCCUUGCUAAGGGUGAGGCUGGAUUCCUGCGCGGUGCCGAGGCUGCUGGUGUGACGGUUCUUCGUGCUCCGAAGGGUAUGUCGAGGAAUAAGCAGAACGGGUCGCGUAUGCAUCCGAAGCACAAGCGCUUGGCUUGGACUAUAGAGUGGAUCGCGGGUGACGGGGUAAAGACUACUGGGGACUCGGUCCUUGAUACGUGCUCUAUCGCCGAAGCUUAUAAUCGGAAUCAUCCACGCCCAAAGGAUCAAGAACCACUCCUUGAGCCAGCGAAGCAAAAUGAUAAUAAAGAAGACUUGAGCACCCCGAAUAACGACACUAAAGACAGCGUUAUUGCUGCAGGUGAUUCAAAUACAGCAGGAAGCGAGGCACCGGAUCAGGGUCCACAGUCAUCAUCGAUCCAACACACGGAGAAAGCAGUACAGACACCAAUUGAGGAAGCGGAGAAGACACCAACCGACACCAUAUCAUCUCAUCGCGGUCUGUACUUCUACCUUCACCGUCCGCGAACCUCAAUCAAGAAGCCGGUCUUAGCUCCCAUCUUGAAAUCUGCAACACUCAAUAGUGUCCUGCGCAAUCGGACCGUGUUGGAAUUCCCUACGAUAUACGCAUUGCCAGAACCAGCGGAGACCCUGUUUGCGGAGAAAGAUGACUCCAAGUUCAUACACGAGGAAGAGUAUCUCCGUACCAUUGGACCGGAGGAGACGGGUCAGUCUUCUCCGAGUGAUGAGGACAACGCCGUUGUAAAUGAUGCGCUGCUUGGCACUUCUGCGAAUAUUGAAAAUCUUGACGAGAAGCUGGUACUGGAGGUGCUGAAACAAGACCUAUAUGAGCCAGUGGAGAAUGAGUCAGGAGUAUAA